GCGUCCAAGCUCGAAGCGCCAAGGCCUCGCUUCCGCACAUUCUGACUUGUCUUCCACUUCAAAAGCCUGGGGCAAGGGACAGAACGAGGCUGUCGCACAAUGCCUCAGCUUCAGCUGCCUGUGGCAGUCGCUCUCGGCGUUCUUGCCCUGCUCAGCGCAGCACUCUUCACUCUCUCAAAACCGGUCGAAGGCAAGGUCCAGCUCUCAGAAAUUGUACGCGAUGCCACGUCGCAUGAUCCGUUCGACGUGACUAAAGCGGAGGAUAUCAUCGACGGCGAGCCUGUAGACGAGAAAAAGUUUUGGUCGAGGAUGAGACUCUGGAAAGUCUUCCUCACUCUCGUGCUUGCUGCCAUUCUUGUGCUCGAAACUGUCGCUCUUGCAUGGUCUGUCGUGGAGGCAGAUCGCACCGCUGUCGCAGUGUACUCGAUUCGUGCUGCGUUUGCCCUUUACGUGGUCAUCGUCGCAGGCUACUCAGUCAAGCUCGAAUACUCCCCGCACUGGCACUGCGUCCUGCACUUAUCUGUGUUGACCUUCUUCGCUGUAUCGCUGCUUGGCACGCUUGCAAUCCUGCCUUCCACGCCAAUGCCAGUCUCGGCCAGUCGAGUCUUGCCCUCGCCAGUUGUACCAAAUGCAGUCUGGUACACAGAAGUUGUCCUCUACAUUCUCGCCUGCGCGAUAGCCUCCACGAUCCCCCGCGGCCCGCCACUGCACUUCCCCUCCGAGCGCAUCUACUCCGACAAGACCCUCAUGGCGGUCACGUCCAAGUACCCAGACAACGUCUGCGGGAGCGUGAACGCGUCCGUCUGGGACACGCUCCUUUUCUCGUACACGACCAAGGUCGUCCUGCUCGGCUACACGUCCGAGUCCCUCGAGAUCGGCGACCUGCCGAUCCUGCCCGCGGACAUGCGCGCGACGCACAUCUUCGCGACGAUGCGCGCUGCGAUGAAGAAGUGGAAGCUCCAGAUUGGGACCUGGAGCCCGCGCCCGGGCAGCGGCUGGCAGCUCGUGUACCGACUCGUGCGCAGCAACCUCGCGGCGCUCACCGCGCUCUUUGUCCUCGCGGCCGUCUCGGCCGUGCUGUUCUACGCGCCAGCCUUCUUCCUCCAGCUCGUCGUCGCGUAUCUCGAGGCGGACCCGGAGCGGAAGGACCGCGGCUGGGGCUGGGUCUUCUGCGCGGGCCUGUUUUUCAGCAAUGCCGUUUGUCAACUCAUCACCGGUCAGCUCUGGUCGCUCUCGACUACAACCCUGCAGGUCCGGUUGCGCGUGCAACUUAACUCGAUCCUGUUCGCCAAGACACUCGUGCGCAAGGACGUCGCGUCUGCGUCGGGAUCAGCACCAGGCGCGGACAGCGCUGCGAAUGGUGAAGCGCCCGCGGAGGCGCCCGCCGCCGACGGGGACAAGAAGAAGGAGGAUGAGGGCGAGUUCGCAAGCAAGGCGCAGAUAAUGACGCUCAUGACGACGGACGUGGACCGCGUGAGCGAGUUCGCGUGGCAUAUCUUCACGCUCGUCGACUCGCCGAUCGAGGUCGUCAUCGGCACGCUCUUCCUGUACCACCUCCUCGGCGUGUCGUGCUUUUUUGGCCUCGCCGUGACGUGCCUGUUCCUGCCUCUGAACCACUUCGCGGGCAAGGUCGUCGUCGGCGCGCAGGACAACCUGAUGAAGGCGAGGGACGAGCGCGUGGCGCUAAUGAAUGAGAUUCUCGGUGGUAUCCGCAUGCUCAAGUUCAUGGCUUGGGAACGCAGUUUCGAACAGCGGGUGCUGAAGAUUCGUGACCGUGAGCUUAAGUAUCAAAAGCUCAACUAUACCAUUGAGACGCUUUGGAACGCUAUCUGGAAUGGCUCGCCGAUUUUGGUGACCCUGGUUGCGUUCUGGCACUUCGCGGUAUAUCGCGGCCAAGUCCUUACACCAUCGAUUGCCUUCACAUCCAUCAGCGUGUUCAACGAGAUGAAGUUCGCUCUGAACGCUCUUCCAGAGACCUUGAUUAACAUGCUCCAGUCACUUGUCUCCGCGCGCCGCAUCGAAAAAUACCUCGGGGGAGCGGAAGUCACAGUCGUCGGACCUCUCGACAUCCAAGAUCAGCGUAUCGCACUACAGUCCGCGACCAUCACUUGGCCGCAGGACCGUACGCGUGGCGGGAGCUCCGUGCCGUCCACCGCCGCGUCGACUCCUCGCCAGAAGUUUGUGCUCGUGGACUUGUCGCUCGAGUUCCCGCAGGGCGAACUCUCGCUCAUCUGUGGGAAGCUCGGGAGCGGGAAGACUCUGCUUUUGCUUGCAUUGCUUGGUGAGGCGGAUCUGCUCACGGGUCAGCUCCUCUGUCCGCGCUCGCCGCCCGAUACUCUUGCCUCGUUCGCCGGAAAACUUGUCCCUGAUGAGGAGUGGGUCGUCUCUGGUGUCUGCGCGUAUGUCCCCCAGGCAAGUUUGUCUCUUUCUGCCUGGCUUCGUAACGCCUCUAUCCGCGACAACAUUCUGUUCGAUCUUCCCUACGUCGAAGAACGCUACCAGAAGACGCUCGAAGUCUGCGCUCUGCUCAGUGACUUGCAGAUUCUUGAGGACGGUGACAUGUCUGAGAUUGGCGAGCGUGGUGUCAACUUAUCGGGUGGUCAAAAAGCUCGAGUAUCUUUGGCUCGUGCCGUCUACUCUAGGGCAUCGAUCCUGCUACUUGAUGAUGUCCUUUCUGCCGUUGACGCGCACACCGCACACCACCUGUAUCACGAAUGUCUCAAGGGCGACCUCAUGCGCGGCCGCACGAUCAUCCUCGUCUCACACCACGUCCAGCUAUGCGCCCCAGGCGCCUCCUACGUCGUUGCGCUCGACAACGGCCGCCUCCAAUUCGCGGGCGACCAAACCACGUUCCAGGCAUCGGGCGUUCUGACGACGCUCAGCCAGUCCGGGGCGACAGACGCUGCUGACACGAAGGAGGAGACCGCCGUGCCCGAGAUCGAGGAGAUCGUGGACGAGAAGGCGCCGGUGCCAGCAAGCGCGGAGGACACAUCCGAGACGAGCUCGACUGCGGCGGCCACCGCGGUUGACGGGGACGCCCCGCCGCUGGCGAGGAAGGCGCCGAGGAAGCUCGUCGAGGAGGAGAAGCGUGCUGUCGGACGGAUCGGCAAGGAUAUCUGGGCGACGUACCUCGGGGCAUGCGGCGGGCCUGGUUAUUGGGUCUUGUUCAGUCUGGCGCUUGCGGUGGCUGCGGCGAGUCCUGUGUUGGAGAAUGGGUGGCUCAAGAUUUGGUCUGGAUCUGCUCUCGAGACUGAAAACCAAAAGAGUGCCUCGUACUAUAUCACCGUGUAUGCCAUCAUCACCGGCCUCGGUUUGGUCGUCACUACCCUGAGGUGGUUCGUUCUCUAUCGUGGAGGAAUUCAUGCUUCGAGAGUCUUGUACAAACGCUUAUUGGAGGGUGUGCUUUUCGCUAACAUUCGCUUCCACGACACGGUUUCUCGAGGACGGCUUCUCAACCGAUUUGGGAAAGAUUUCGAGGGUGUCGAUAGCAAUUUGCCGGACAACUUUGGACGCAGCGUUAUGUAUGCACUGUCUGCGGCUACGACCUAUGUGACCAUUACGAUCAUCGGUGGCUUGCCGUUCCUGGUCAUAGCUGUGCUGAUUGCGUUCUUGUACUACAACGUUGGCAAGGUUUACGGUCAGACGUCCAGAGAUAUGCGCCGCCUGGAUUCUGUGACACGGUCGCCUCUUUAUUCCAUCUAUGGCGAGACGAUUGCAGGUGUUACCGUCAUCCGGGCGUUCGGCGCUUCAUCGAAGUUCCUGCGGGACAUGUUGUGCUGCGUCGAUACUAACACGAACCCUUACUACUGGAUGUGGGGAGCCAAUCGCUGGUUGUCUGCUCGGUUCAACUUGCUUUCUGCUGCCGUGGUCGGUGCUACUGCUUUCAUGACCGUCCUGACGCCAGGCAUUUCGGCGUCAACAGCUGGCUUCGCACUAGCCUUCGCAUCGACUGUCACGAUGGAUCUCUUGUUUAUGGUCCGACGCUUUGUUGGUCUGGAGCAGUCAAUGGUUGCUGUUGAGCGUAUCAAGGAAUACACAGAGAUCAGGCGUGAACCCUCAGAAUUCAUCGAGCCCCGUCCUUCCGCCAGCUGGCCAGAGAAGGGCGAGAUCAAGGUCGAAGGCCUCGUGAUCAAAUAUGCUCCCGAACUGCCGAAUGUUCUGCACAAUCUCAACUUUGAAGUCAAGCCUGGCGAGAAGAUUGGCGUUCUUGGCAGAACGGGCUCCGGCAAGAGUACUCUCGCCCUAUCCUUCUUCCGAUUCGUCGAGCCAGCUGGCGGUCGCAUCGUUAUCGAUGGUGUCGAUGUCGCUGAUGUUGGCUUGACAGAUCUCAGGAGUCGGUUGACAAUCAUCCCUCAGGAUCCUACCAUCCUGAGUGGUACACUCCGUUCUACGCUAGAUGUCUUCAACGAAUACCAAGAUGCUGAGAUCUAUGAAGCACUCCGCAGAGUUCACCUCAUUCCUUCAGAUGGUUCAACAGAAGACCCAGAGACGAUUAACGCGAACGUGUUCCGCAAUCUGGACUCUUCCGUCUCGGAAGGCGGGGAGAACUUCUCCACUGGUGAGAAGCAGUUGCUUUGUAUGGCUCGUGCCAUUCUCAAGCGAACGAAGGUACUGUUGAUGGACGAGGCGACUGCCAGUGUGGACUACGCUACAGAUGAGCUCAUCGGCAAGACAAUACGACACGGGUUCGCUGAAAGCACUAUCCUUACUAUCGCGCAUCGACUGCGCACGAUCAUUGACUACGACAGGGUCAUGCUUCUCGAUCAGGGGCGCAUCGCUGAGUUCGACAAGCCGGCAAAGCUUCUCUCCGACCCUUCGUCAAAAUUCCAUGCCCUGUGCAAGGCUACAGGCAAGAAUGAGUUUGCGAUGCUGAAAAAGAUGGCUGGUGUCCCAUGAGACGUAGCCUGUAGACGACGAUAUCUGUAACUAUACUUUGGAACAGACCUGACUAGAGUUCAUAUU